GCAUAAUGGAAACUCAAAAUUAAAUCCAAAUUUGAAAAUCAACAUAAAAUCAAAUAAUUAUGGCAUUCAAACAAUAAAUAUGCUGUCUGCAUGAUGUCGAGACGAUCAGACCUAGGGUAGAGUAUCGAAAAAUGAAAACAACGAAAGAAUUGGCGAGAGAUCUUGGGCUAUUGAGGAAAAGAACGUCAUUGAAUCAACAGGACAAAAAUGUAAAGAAAGUGAAAAGAACAGGGCAGAUAUUUCAGUACCUUAUUGUAAUUGACUUUGAGUCAACAUGUUGGGAGAAUUCAAAAUACAGAUCCCAGGAAAUAAUUGAAUUUCCUGCUGUUUUACUCAACACCCUCACUGGGAAAAUUGAGAAUGAGUUCCAUUACUAUGUCAUGCCACAAGAGCAGCCAACUCUCAGUGAUUUUUGUAAAAAUCUCACGGGCAUUUCACAGGCUAUGGUGGAAGAUGGUAUCCCCCUGUCAAUGUGUUUGAAUAGAUUCAAUCACUGGCUCACAAAGAUUGCUGAUGAGAAACACAUUGUUUACAACACCCAUACAGGCAAUAGUAUUGACUUCAACCUCUGCACAUUCGUCACUUGGUCAGAUUGGGAUCUCUCAGUUUGUUUGCAAUAUGAGUGUAGAAGGAAACAGUUGAGGAAACAUGCAGCUCUUAACAGCUGGGUUGACCUCAGAGCUACAUACAAGAAUUUCUAUGAAAGGAAACCCAAUGGAUUGAAUGGAGCUCUACAAGAUGUUGGCAUUGAGUUUGAAGGAAGACAACACUCUGGUCUAGAUGAUGCCAAGAAUACAGCCAAACUUGCCUGGCGCAUGAUGUGUGAUGGCUGCAUAAUAAAGAUCACAAAGUCGUUGGAUUCGGCUCCAUCUGGUCCUACUAUCAAAAGUCAUCUCACAACAGUUAGGCAGAACACAGGGUCCUCAUGUGCACCAACUACCAUUGGGACUGGAAACACUCGUGAACUUUUGAACAAAACACCCACUAAUAUGACUACCUUUAUUGGGGCAAAUAAUGCUGGUGGGGUUGUUCUUCCACCAAAUAUGUUGUCUUCUAAGGUGCAUCAAAUGAAAGGUCACCAAAAGAUGGAAACCCUCGAAAAUCAAAAAAGUACAUAUGGUCCCAAUAAUCGUGGUCCUUCUAGUGACACUGAAACCUCGACCAGUAAGUCUAUUACUACAGACACAAUGCAAGCAACAAAAAGUCAUGAAACAGCUUUGCACCAAAUCUCAAACUGUACAAGAAAUCAAGUUAUAACUCAAACAGUGCCAUCUAUACCAAAGGAAGGGUUGAAUUAUGACAUAAGAAAUUUCAUAACUCCACAACCUGUUCUAAAAAGACCACAUGAAUCAAAACAAGUACCAAACACUGGAUUUAAAACCCCCAACACAUGCUCAAACCAAGGCAAACAUGGAGCAGCUUAUACAUUUCCUUUAGCCAAGAAACCAACAAUAAUUAACUCAUCCACAAAACCCUCAAGCUCAGCUUCUCCAUACGUAUACUCUACAAUGAAAGCCACUCCACCCAUGUGCAGUUGUGGGAAACGUUCUAAACGAUGCAUGGCUCAAACACCUGGUCCUAACAUGGGGAGAAUGUUUUUCUCAUGUCCAAAUGGACGUAAAAGCGAAGGCUUUGGUAAAAAAUCAGGCUGUGGAUUUUUUAAAUGGGAAAAGGAAACACCCAAAAUUAGGUCUGCACCUGUGCUGAAAAGUUAUUCAGGGAAUAUAAUACGAUUUUCUAGUCAUAGUGCACAACCUUGCACCCCCAUUGCUCAACCAUGCACCCCCAUUGCUCAACCAAACUUUAAUUCUCCAUCCACAAUUGAUAAAUCAGUGACACAGAAAAAAAGUUUAGGUGUAAGAAAUGUGGGAAUGAAUAAAAUUAGAUUUUGA